AUGCCGCGCAGCACCCUCACUUCGAGCCCCCUCAGAUGCUUCUCGCCACCGCGCGCUGGCGUUCUGGUGACGGAUCGAUUCGGAACUUUACACGCGGUUCGAGCCCUCGUGGAUCCGGGAUCAAAGACUUCGUUGAUCACAGAAUCGCUGGCCCAACGCCUGCGACUGCCGCGGACACCGGCGUCCGUGGCAAUUUACGGAGUGGGCGGGUUAAAGUCGGGUAUGUCGCGGGGACGAAUCGCGAUGAAUCUGAUCUCGCACGUUGGAAACGCGGUAUUUGCCAUCUCCGCCUUGGUGAUGCCAAGACUCUCGAUUUACGGUGGUUCUGUGGAAGCUAACUCCAGCGAAUGGUCGCACAUUCGCGGCCUUAAUCUCGCUGACCCUGACUUCAGCUCUACGGACCCGGUCGAGUUGCUACUCGGUGUCGACGUCUACGCCAAGGUGGCACGACCAGGCAUGCGGCUGGGAGGUAAUGAGGAACCAAUUGCGCAGCAGACCGCUCUGGAAUGGAUCAUCAUUGGUCCGGUAAGCACUUGUCAGGUGACCACAGCCUUGACUUCGUUGCAGUGCUCCGCUGUUGACGAUUUGAACGCAUUGGUGCGUCGAUUUUGGGAAUUGGAGGAACCGCCGCGAGCGUCACUCCCACUGUCUCCGGGCGACGCGGCUUGCGAGGAGCAUUACUUGCGGUCGCACUCACGAGACGCCUCGGGACGUUACGUCGUCGCGACUCGUUCGGCUCUGCCGGACUUACGUGACACGCGACUCACCGCGCUGCGAGUGUUACAGGCGAACGAGCACCGCUUCCGGAGGGAAGUCGCUCUUCGUGACGCGUACUCACAAUUCAUGGCUGAGCACCUCGAGCUUGGCCACAUGACGCCGGCGCCUUCCUUACCGGCGGACUGUUCACGCGCCUGUUACCUGCCCCAUCACGGAGUGUGGAAGAGCGGCGGCGAGGAGGCUAGGAUCCGCGUCGUGUUUAACGGUUCUUCACGGACAUCCUCUGGUACCUCCUUAAAUGGCAAACUUCUUGCAGGGCCGAAUUUAUUGCCGACGCUCUGCGACGUGAUAAUGCGCUGGCGUAAACACCAGUUUGUUCUCGCUGCGGACAUCGAAAAGAUGUACCGGCAGAUUUGGGAGCAUCCGGAGGACCUUGACCUUCAACGGAUUUACUGGAGGAUAGGCAACCGAGUCCAGGAGUUCCACCAUAACACGGUUACUUACGGCCUGGCCAGUGCACCCUACUUGGCUCUCGAGACCUGCGAGCUGCGCGAGCAGCUGACUCAGUUGUGCUUGGCGGGCGGCUUCCGCUUGCGCAAGUGGCUCGCCAACCAUGAAGACCUGCUGCGCGACAUCCCCGCUGAGCACCGGUCGUCGCUGCCGUCGAUGGUCGCGUUGACAUCAGAGGAGCACGACGUCCUGGGGAUACGUUUGCUUCCCGCUGAGGACAGCUUUGCUCCAACUGUCAAGAGCAUGACAGAGGAGCUGGUCACCAAGCGCACGGUGUUGAGGCAAACCGCGCGUCUCUUCGACCCGCUGGGCUGA